GGCUAGGUUCCCGCCCCGCACGGACUGCGGCCGGGACAGCGAUUGCGAGUGCGGCGGCCAUCGAGAGUUCGCGCCGAGCAGGAGCAGGACUAUGUCCACCAUGGUGUAUCCAAGGGAGGAGAAACUGGAUAAGCUGAGCCAAGAGGAGAUAAUUUCCAACACCAAGCUGGUGAUGCAAGGGCUGGAGGCACUCAAGAAUGAGCACAACUCCAUCCUACACAGCUUGCUGGAGACCAUCAAGUGCCUGAAGAAGGAUGAAGAAGCCAAUCUCGUGCAUGAGAAAUCCAACCUGCUCCGCAAGUCAGUGGAGAUGAUUGAACUGGGUCUUGGAGAAGCUCAGGUGAUGAUGGCAUUGUCCAACCAUCUGAAUGCUGUGGAGUCAGAGAAGCAGAAGCUGCGUGCUCAAGUGCGGAGAUUGUGCCAGGAGAACCAGUGGCUGCGUGAUGAGCUUGCCAACACCCAGCAGAAGCUGCAGCGCAGUGAGCAAACCGUGGCUCAGCUGGAGGAGGAGAAAAAACACCUUGAGUUCAUGAACCAGCUGAAGAAGUAUGAUGAGGAUGUCUCACCUUCGGAGGAGAAGGAGGGUGACUCCACCAAGGACUCUCUGGAUGAUCUGUUCCCAAAUGAGGAGGAAGAGCACGGUCCUGGAUUGCCCCACCAGCACAGCAGCGCAGUGGCAGCUGCCCAGCAGGGGGGCUAUGAGAUUCCUGCCCGCCUGCGCACCCUCCACAACCUUGUCAUCCAGUACGCCUCACAGGGGCGCUAUGAGGUGGCUGUGCCGCUAUGCAAGCAGGCGCUGGAGGACCUGGAGAAGACAUCAGGCCAUGAUCACCCUGAUGUGGCCACCAUGCUCAACAUCCUGGCACUAGUAUACAGGGAUCAGAAUAAAUACAAAGAGGCAGCACACCUCUUGAAUGAUGCUCUCUCCAUCCGUGAGAAGACUCUGGGCAAAGACCACCCAGCAGUGGCAGCAACUCUGAACAAUCUGGCCGUUCUCUAUGGCAAGAGAGGGAAGUACAAAGAAGCGGAGCCACUGUGCAAGCGAGCCCUGGAGAUCCGUGAGAAGGUCCUAGGCAAAGAUCAUCCUGAUGUGGCCAAGCAGCUGAACAAUCUAGCCCUGCUGUGCCAGAACCAGGGCAAGUAUGAUGAGGUGGAGUACUAUUACUGCCGGGCCCUGGAGAUCUAUGAGAGCUGCCUGGGUCCUGAUGACCCCAAUGUGGCCAAGACCAAGAACAACCUGGCCUCCUGUUACCUGAAGCAAGGCAAAUACAAAGAUGCAGAGGUGCUGUAUAAGGAGAUCCUUACCCGUGCUCAUGUGAAGGAGUUUGGCUCUGUGGAUGAUGAACACAAGCCAAUCUGGAUGCAUGCGGAAGAGAGAGAGGAGAUGAGCAAGAGCAAGCACAGAGAUAGUGCUCCCUAUGCUGAGUAUGGCGGCUGGUACAAGGCCUGUAAGGUUAGCAGCCCGACUGUGAACACCACUCUGAGGAACCUGGGUGCGCUGUACCGACGCCAGGGCAAGCUAGAGGCAGCUGAGACCUUGGAGGAGUGUGCAGUUCGUUCUCGGCGGCAGGGUAUUGACCCGAUCAACCAGACGAAGGUGGUAGAGAUCCUGAAGGAGGGCGAUGGCACAGAGAGGCGUCGGAGCCUGGGGGGCAGCGUCAAGUACGAGAAUGCCACAGACGGUAGCGAGGAAGUGAGUAUGGGCGUGGAAUGGAGCGGGGCUUAAAUGCCUCCCGAGACUCCCUCUUUCCCUUCCACCGCAAUCACCUGGAUGUUUGUGUUGUAUCUUCUGACUUUUCCUCCACACCAUCCCUCCUUCCUCGGCAAGAACUCCACGCCAGCCCCCCAACCCUCCCGGUGUACGAGGGCACCGCAACGCCUGCAGAGGAGCGAGUGCCCGGCCACCUGGCCCAGCUCCAGUCCCGUGGCCAGCAAGAGCAGGAAGAAUCUGCGAGGAGCUGCCCACUCCCCCAGGCCAGGGCGACGUGCCGCCGUCCCCUGGUGUCCCCAUCCCCAGCCUGCCCUCGCACAUCGCGGGGGACCAGGCCUGCAGGAGAUUGUCUUCACUCCAGGCGUGCUGACUCCACCAUCGUUAGGCAUCCCCAGCCCUCCUAGCUUGUUCCCUCCAUCUCUGCAGAGGCCAGGACAGAGACACGAAGAUGGGGGCUGCUUUGGGACAGAGAGGCCUGGCCUUGGCAGGGCUGUCAUCUUCCCAGUUGCUUUCUUUUCUGUAGGCUUGGCUGAUGUUAGUGCCCUGUAGGAAGCCUGUGCUGGCCAUUGAUGAGCUAGGCUCUCCCUGCAGCACAGGGCAGUCCCUGUCUUGCUAUCCUCGUCCCUGCUGAACUGUACAGCCCAGGGGCAGCAUGUGGGUGUUUCUGCAGGGGCACAGAAGUGUAAGGUACCCAUAGCUAUUAUACAGCCAAGAUGAGGUAGGGGGGUGACAGCCAAGGGUCAUGCAUGGAACAAGGACCUGCCAGGACAAGCAUGUUUUGUUGCAACCUCCUGACUUGAUUCUGUAGCUGAGUUCCUCACCUAAUGGCAUUAAGGGGUGAAGCAUCUUCCCGUUGCUCCAGGGUCUCCAGGUGUAGCUGCUGGGAGAGGAGGAGGCAGGGGUGAAGCCGUUCACUGUUACUUGGAGGCAGAGAGAAGGGUAGGAGGAAAGCAGAAUUUUUCUUCAAGGGGUCAGGCUCCAGGCUAUUAGAAGUGGCUGAGAUGGGAAAUGGAGCAGAGUGGUUGGGAAUGGAUGGGGUUUAGAGCAGAGUGAUUGGGAGACAAAGCAGGUGCAAGGAAAGGAAGAGGUAGGUCUUGGGGUGCUCUGAGCAUGAGGGGACAGAUGGGAUGGCUGGAGGAAGGUUUCCAUAGGAGAAGGGACCAGGUUGUUCAUGGAGGAGGGCAGUCCUUGAAUACAGGACCUGGCUUGCCAGGCAUGGUCCCUGGGGCUGGGACUUGCUGUCUGGCUGUUUCUAGCCAAGUAGGUGGGAAAUCUAUAGCCCUAUCAAUGCUAGGGAGACAGUGGCACAUGUCUAGGUGGCUUAAUGCCUCUGAUGGGACCCCAGGCCUGCAUAGGGUCUGGUGCUGUUGUUCACUGCUAGGAAAGGAGGUAUUUCCCAGGGCCAGACUACCACUGCAUUGAGCCUUGCACCCUUGGGUGCACACCCUCAUCCCACCUCCUAUAGGAAGUGAACCUCUCUGGCUCUCCUACAUGGGAAGGCUGCAGCCAUCAGGACAGAGGCCGGGGCAGAACCUUCCCUUAUUUAUUUAGCUAGUUUCUCUUACUCUAGUAAUCUGACAGGUUGUGAUACUUAAUGUGCUUGUGUCUGUCUCUCCUGUGGUGGUGCAGAGUUGUUGGGGCACGUGCAUGCUGCUUUUCUGGGAGCUUGUACUUGCUAAAAGGAGGUUUGUCCUCAGGACAGUGGGGUGUGGAGCCUAAGGCUAAGUGCUCUAGGCUGCACCUUCCCUGCCCCUCUCUCCCAGCGCUGCUCCAUGCUCCUGGAGAGUGGUGACUCUCCAGGGCACAGUCAGGCCUCAGUGCCUUCUCUCCCUGUGCUUUGCCAAGUCCUGGACCUGGUGCUGUAACAACUGUACCUCUGAUUAAAGGUAGACAGACCCGAA